AUGAGUCUCACCGAGCUGCUGCUGGCGACCUUGGACCCGUCCAAGAAUGCGCAAGCGGAAGCGCAGAUUCGACAGGCUGAACAGGCUAGUGUCGAUCAGUACUUUACAGCCCUUGCGCAGGAGCUGGCGAACACGGAGAAACCUGUGGUUGCGCGGCAGCUUGCAGGACUUCUUUUGAAGAACGCCCUGGCAUCGAAGGAUCCCGCGAAAGAUCGCGACCUGAAAGCCAGAUGGGCGAACCUGCCGGCAGCGAGUCGAAAUCUGGUGAAGGAGGCCACCACCUCCGCACUCAUCAGUCCGCAGACCGACGUGGGAAAGGCGGCGGCGCAGGUCUUGGCCAAGAUUGGGGCCAUCGAGAUCCCCUUGGUGCAGUGGCCUGGGCUGGUACCGCUUUUGCUCGGCCACGUGACCAACACGGACGUCAGAGCCAGACAGAUCUCGCUGGUUUGUCUCGGCUACUUGUGUGAAGACCUGGUGGUCGUACAGGAGGAGGGAACCAAUAUCAGCGAUGAUAUUGCCAACAACAUCCUGACAGCUGUUGUUCAGGGAAUGCGGGACACAGAGCCACAGACAAAGCUGGAGGCGACCCGAGCCUUUUACCACGCCGUCGUUCUUGCGAAAAAGAACUUCAAGAACCAAGUCGAGCGCGACGUCAUCAUGGGCGUCGUGAACGAUACUUGCCGCUGUACCGCGGCACCUGAAGUCCAGAUCGCAGCGUUCGAGUGCCUCGUGCAGAUUGCGACGGAGUACUACGACUUCCUCAUGCCGUACAUGAAUGGCUUGGGCCCGCUGACGUGGGAAACCAUCAAGUCGUCACCAGAGAAGGUAGCGAUUCCUGCCAUGGAAUUCUGGUCAACCAUCUGCGAUGAGGAGCUCUAUCUGAUGGACCUGGCUGAGGCCGGCCAAGCAGGUGGCCGCGCCUCCCUGAACCUCAUCCAGCAGGCCUUGGGAUUCUUGGUUCCGCUUCUCACCGAGACGCUGACCAAGCGCCAGAGUGAGGAUGACGACGACACCUGGAACCUAGCCAUGGCUGCAGGCACUUGCCUGGCGCUGGUGGCCCAGGUGGUCAGGGAUGGCUGUGUGGACCUGGUGUUGCAGUUUGUGCACACCAACUUCCAGAAUCCUGAUUGGAAGUUUAGAGAAGCAGCGGUCUUGGCGUACGGCUCCAUCAUGGAGGGACCGACCAGCGAAAAAAUGAGACCGAUGGUCGAACAGAGCCUCAGUCACCUUGUCCUUGCGCUGCAGGACCAGAGUGUGGCGGUUCGUGACACCAUUGCCUGGACCUUGGGUCGCAUCGCGCAGUUCCAUCCCACCAUCGUGCCAGUCAAGCAGCUCAUGCCGCUCCUCUGCGAGAGGCUGCGUGACGUCCCACGAGUCUCUGCCAACAUCUGCUGGAACGUGCAGGUUCUGGCUGAGGCACAGACUGGCGGCAUUGCUGGGCAGUACCCUGACUCGACGCCCCUGUCGGAGUUUUUCACUGCGAUCGCCACGGCUCUCUUGGAGGUGGUGGCGAGACCGGAUGCCGAUGAGCGCCAGCUGCGCAUGGCAGGGUACAACGCGCUGAGCGUUCUCGUCAGCAAGGCGGGCAGCGACUGCUUGCCCCACAUGCAGGCCUUGACGCAGGAGAUGCUGAAGCACCUGCAGGCAUCCUACAAAUCCAUCGACCGGGAGUGCGAGUUGCAGGGCUACAUCUGCGGGGUGCUGACGUCGCUUGUGUCGCGCCUUAGGGAGAAGGUCGCCCCAGUAGCCAACUCGAUCAUGGAGGAAGCGCUGAAAGUCAUUUCGGCUUAUCAACAGGUUCGAGGGGGUGCCCAAGUUCUGCAUGAGGAGGCCUUGCUCCUUAUCGUGGCUUUAGCGAAUGCGGCUGGCGCUGGCUUCGAGCGCUUCAUGCCGCACUUCGCUCCCCACCUCCAGGUCGGACUGCAGAACUACGAGGAGGUGCAGGUCUGCCUAACGACCACCAGAAUGGUCGGAGAUCUGUGCACGGCGCUGGAGGGCAAGAUUGUGGGCUACUGCGACACGAUCCUGCAGAUCCUGUACACUAACCUCCGGAACCCGGCGGUGGACCGCAAGAUCAAGGCCGCGGUGAUGACGAGUUUCGGUGACAUAGCUAUGGCUAUCACCGGAGAGUUUGAGCAGUACCUCGGCCCGGUGGUGCAAAUGCUGCGGGAAGCCUCGUCAACGCGGUUGACCGAUGGCCCAGGAGACAGCGAAGAGUGGGUCGAGUACCUGAACAGCCUACGAGAAGGAGUGCUUGAAGCGUACUCUGGAAUCAUCCACGGACUUAAAGAGUCGAACAAGCUGCAUCUCUUCAAGGAGCAUGUAAACACCGUGCUCAUGCUCGUUAAAGAGAUCAGUGAGGAUCCCACAACGCAACUGCCAGUCAUCAAGGCUGCGGUGGGAGUGGUGGGUGACCUGGUCCUCGUCUUCCAGACCGAGCUGACGGCGCACGUGGGCAAAGCCCCGUUCCUCAGCCAGCUGGUUCAGGUGGCCUUCAGGAGCCAAGAUCCAAAGCUGCUGCAGAGUGCUCAGUGGCUGCAAGGCAUGCUCAUGAAGUUUGGCGGCACAUGA